UUUCAACUGUUGUUAUUUUUCGUUUCCUGGAUUCUACCCAGGCGCGCAGGAGAGAGAUGGCGCAAAGUGAGAACCAACAGUCGUCCUUUUCUGAUAUAAUAGAAUUAAACGUCGGCGGCCAGGUGUAUGUAACUCGACAUGCAACUCUAGUCUCCGUCCCAAACUCUCUCCUGUGGACUAUGUUCAGACAGAGGAGCCCCGCAGAACUACCGAAAGACAGCAAAGGACGCUACUUCUUUGACCGGGACGGAUUUCUGUUCAGGUAUAUUCUGGAUUACCUGCGGGAAAGGGACAUCGUUCUACCGGACUUCUUUAAAGAGAGGGGUCGGUUACAGAAAGAGGCCGAGUUCUUCCAGCUGCACGAGCUCUCACAGCGCCUGGUACCGGCGGUGAGUAAAGACAACUCUCUCGGUGACGAGGUGGGCGCCCAUGUGGACCCGGAGGAGGCUGCGCUCGCGUGCGCUCUGGGUGGUACCGGCAUCACCACGAGCGCCGUGAGCAGCCCGAGCCUUCGCUCCCCGUUCCAGAAAUAUGGCUUUAUUACCAUUGGGUACCGGGGCUCCUACACCAUAGGGAGGGAUAUUCAAACGGACGCCAAGUUCAGGCGAGUGGCCAGAAUAACGGUUUGCGGAAAGACAUCCCUGGCCAAAGAAGUUUUUGGAGAGACUCUGAACGAGAGCAGAGAUCCGGACAAACCACCGGAGAGGUACACCUCCCGGUACUACCUGAAGUAUAACUUCCUCGAGCAGGCGUUUGACAGGCUCGCGGAGGUCGGGUUCCACAUGGUGGCUUGCAGCUCCACGGGCACGUGCGCGUACGCGAGCAGCGACCCGAACGAGGACAAAAUCUGGACCAGCUACACCGAGUACGUGUUCUCCCGGAACUGACCGACCGUUACCGGGCCGUUAGGUAGCCAACCCUGAAGGACUGGGACAUUGACGUCGUGUGAUGCUCACCUGUACGGUAGAGAGAGACUACCUGCAGAAAUGGACAGCUGCGAAAAAAAAAUGUUUUUAAUAUUCCUCUAUCUUCUUUAUAUCUCCUCUAUAAUUUUGGUAAAGGUUAAAGGUUACUGAUGAUUAUUCUGAAAGUAUGGACAUAUUGGUUGUUGAUUUGCAUUGCUCUUGCCUAGUCCAAUAUAGUCUAAUGGAGAUAUAUUUCAUGUUGCAGACCAGUGUUACCAGUUAUAUGACUGUUAUGAUAGUUUUGAGAAAGCUGCAUGCAGUCUGGUUUUCAUUGCAUUGAUAAUAUGUUUAUUCAGCCUUUUGGUGUGUCCCAGUUUUCACUGUUUUUGUACCAACAUACACCACACAAACAUUUAUACACACACACACACACACACACACACACACACAUAUUCACAGAACAAGCACAAGGCAAGGUGUGUGAGGGUUUUAAAGCAGUGUCUUAAAACAGUGUUAUUCUGCGGUCAUAAUGUGGCCCCUGCUCAGAGCUUGGAGACAUGCUGUUGAACCUAACUCCCUCCUGGCUUCGUCUUGGUUUCACAGGCCUAUACUGGAUAAGUUGCAUUAUUUGUGUUUCAACAUCUAAAGCUGUAUUUUCAAUUUAGCUCCAAAGUUUUAAAAUAUAUCAAAUCAAAGUAA